GUUAAAUCCUGUCUGAUGUGUGAAGCUUCUCUGUGUGAUGAUCACCUGAGAGUCCACAGCAAGUCACCAGAGCACAUCCUAACUGAACCCACCACUUCCAUGGAGAGUAGGAAAUGCUCCGUCCAUAAGAAGAUUCUGGAGUAUUACUGUCUUGCAGAUUCUGCCUGUAUCUGUGUGUCCUGCAGGCUGGAUGGAGAACACCAAGGACAUACAGCAGAGCUGUUGCAUGAGGCCUCUGAGAAGAAGAAGCAGAAACUAAAGAAUGUUCUACAGAAACUGAUCACAGAGAGAGAGGAGACUGAGAAGAGAGUCCGGAGUCUGCAGGAACGCAGGAGAAAAGUACAAGAAAGAGCAGCUGGUGUAACAACGAAAGUUACAAGCUUAUUUGAAGACACAAGGAGACAGGCAGAAGACCUGCAGAAGAAAGUCCACAAUAUGAUCUCCAGGCAGGAAGAGCGGCUUUCACUCCCAGUCUCUGACCUGAUCCAGAAGCUGGAAAUAAAGAAGGCCGAGCUGUCCAGGAAGAUGGAUCACAUUGAGGAGAUGUGUAACAUGACUGACCCACUGACUGUCUUACAGGAAUCAGACACAGGGGACUUGUGUGAUACUGAGGAGGGAGAUGACGAGGACAGAGAGAGACAUGAUAAACUCCUCCAUGAUGGACGGAAUCUGGAUGUGGCUGAGAUCUCGCACACAUUACACUCGGGGUUAUCCAACAUGAUAAAAGGGGUAAAUGCAUUCCUACAUGUACAGGCCGCAGACAUAUUACUGGAUGUAAAUACAGCUCAUCAUAAACUUCAUUUGUCAGGUGAUAUGAAAACUGCAUCCUGGUCCAAUACAAAACAAAAUCACCCAGAAACAUCGGGGAAAUUUCAGACAUACUAUCAGGUGUUAGGCAUGAGGAGUUUUUUCUCAGGGAGACAUUACUGGGAGCUUGAUGUCAGUGAAUCAACGAACUGGGCAGUAGGAAUGAGUUAUGCCGGUAUAGACAAGAGAGGACGUCAGUCAGCCAUUGGAUAUAACAGGAAGUCAUGGAGUUUAAGCAGAUAUGAGAACGAGUGUUCAGUGAUACAUAAUGAGGAAAAGGUGCCGUUAGCUGACAAUAUCUCCAGUGAUAAAGUCAGGAUCUAUCUGGAUUACAAGGCCGGGCAGCUGUUUUUUUAUGAUAUGUGUGAACCGAUCCGACACUUACACACCUUCACCACCACCUUCACUGAGCCCCUUCAUGCUGCACUUUGUGUGUCAGAUGGUUCAAUAAAGAUAUCUGGGAAAGUGAUGGACAAUCCAAAAUCACUUUAUGUUUCUGUGCCCCUGACCCCAGCCUUUUCCCUGGAUUUGCUAUCGUCUUCCGAAUUAAUACUCCGCUGCCCGACUGGAUUCGACCUUUGGCUUGCUAACCUCCCUACAAAGUUAUUCCUGCACGGUGUCUGUCUCCGGCCUGCGGCACUCGUGCUCCUCUUUGCCUUGCGCCCUCCUUUUCCCAACUCCAAGGGUCUCAGGACACGAAUUGCAAGAGACGCCUCUCCAUCGUCUGGUCUCAGCCUCCGUUAUUCCUGCACGGUGUCUGUCUCCGGCCUGCGGCACUCGUGCUCCUCUUUGCCUUGCGCCCUCCUGUUCCCAACUCCAAGGGUCUCAGGACACGAAUUGCAAGAGACGCCUCUCCAUCGUCUGGUCUCAGCCUCCGCCACCCAAGAGAAGUAUCAAGUUGUAAAAUCUGCAGCAGUGCGCCUGUGCGGGCACCCGAUGCCACAAGCACCGACGGGAGUUGGAGAACUCGACGACAAUUUCAAAGCCGCACGGGUGCACCUACGGCAAGUGAAGUAA